GCGCAUAAGGGUGCGCAAAGAGGGGUUGAUCGCUGUUUUUUGCUUUUCCUUCGCUCUUGUGGUUCGAUGUGUCACUCACAAUAUUGACGCGAUUGAUUCGAAGGUAGGAGAAAACGCGCACACCACAAGGUUGCUCUGGUGCGGAAAGAGAGUGUUUAAAGCAUUGUGUCAACAAACACACAGAGGCCCUGUUUUGUGUUUCACCCUCCCCGGAGACGCUGCAUAAAGAAAUCGAGAACGCAGAACAAAGUGCUUUGCAUCCGAAACGAGAUACACACACGACGCACACACACACACGCACUAUGCAUGAUAGUGGGUUGUCGUAUCGUGCCGUCAUCGUCACCACCAUCCCUUGUGACCGUCGAUAAGAGAAAGAAAGACGCACCGGCGGACGACGAGAAAGCCCCGAGAGUCCAGAGGCAAAGCAAGUUUGGCGCACAUCCUCUUGUGGGCAGCUUCCCUUGCUCCAAUGCACUUCCGCCACAGACGAAGACGACGACGCUCGGUGCAAUAUUCCGUGACACGCUGCUAUCACAACGCCGCCCUGGAUCAACGUGAAAGUGUUCUACCCCACAGCAGCACCAACGACGCCACCACCAUCGCCUAGCUGUGCUUUUCUUCCAAAAGAAAGGAGGUCCACGACGACGACUCGACACCAAGAAACCCCGCGUAAAGCUCCAUUGUUCGACUCGGUGAAGGCAAGCGAGAAACCGGAACACACCGCAAGAUGAGCUCGGCGGACGAUGUACUAACCCUGAGCAAUGAGACUGUAGGCAAUUCUACCUUUUUCGCGUACCUCGGACAAUACAUUGACUUGGACUACUCGAUAUGGCUGUCGCGGUUGCUAACGCCGGUGCUGGUUACAUUCCUACUGCCUUGCGCAUUUGUGCUGUUGAUUUACUGUACCAUAUCAUUUCUCUACAUUUACAAGCUGCACAGUCGCUUUAUAUUGCAGGUCUACAAUGAGGGCGACUUUGACUUCUGGGACGUGGCCCGCACCCUAGUCGCCGUUGUGUGGGAUGCCCAUGGUUGGAUAUUUCAUGGAUACGAAGUGUGCGGGAUGGAAAACCUGCCCGAAACGGGCCCAGCCCUUAUCAUCUACUAUCACGGUGCAAUACCGAUCGAUAUGUACUACUUUACCGCACGCAUUUACCUGAAGCGGCAGCGUCUGAUUUACACCGUCGGCGAUCGGUUUCUGAACAAGGUGCCCGGCUGGAAGCUGCUGGCCCGCGUCAUGAAGAUCAGCCCGGGCACGGUACAGUCGUGCGCGAGCGUACUGCGCGACGGCAACAUGCUGUCGAUUGCGCCGGGCGGUGUGUACGAGGCCCAGUUCGGCGACAGCAACUACGAGCUGCUCUGGCGGCAACGGGUCGGGUUCGCGAAGGUUGCCAUCGAAUCGAAAGCGCCCAUCAUUCCCAUGUUUACGGAGAAUCUGCGCGAAGGUUUCCGCUCCGUCGGGCUAGCGAAGCGUCUGUUCAUCCGGCUGUACAAUGCGGUCCGGUUUCCGGUGCGCCCGAUCUACGGUGGCUUUCCGGUAAAGUUCCGCACGCAUCUCGGCACCCCGAUACCGUACGAUCCGGCGCUGUCGCCCGAGGAUCUGCAGGAAAAGGUCGCGUACGCGAUCGAGGAGCUGAUCAACAAGCAUCAGCGAAUACCGGGCAGCAUUUUCCAUGCGCUGCUGGACCGUUUCAUCUCCCCAAAGCCAAAGGCCGGCUGAACCCGCUCGGUGGUGGUGGUGGCAAGCGUUUAAUACGUGCGGUUUCCAUCCCUUUCCCCUUCCCCUUUCCGUUCCUUUUGGUUCAGUGGGGUAUGUGGUCCCUCCCACCCCGGGUAGGUGCUAAAUCUAAGUCCUAUAUAAGCUGUUCAACAAAAACCCACGUAAACAAACGAUCAACAAACUACAAGAUGUAUUUAAUAUAUCUGUACUUAAUAGAUGUGUACAUUACUGAUGAGAUUGAA